AUGAGCAGCGGAGCAGAAAAGGUCUCAUCAUCCUCCACACAAAAUACAUCAUCUUCGGAAAAUACUUCAUCACUCCAACAACAGGAAAAGAUGAAGGAGUUGGUUUUAAAAUUUCUACAACAAAAUGGAUUUCAACGAUCGGUGAAGGCUUUGGAAGAAGAAUUGAACGGUCUUCCUUCUGGACAGAGUUUAGUCACAACAGAUAUUUCGGAAUUUGCUUCUACGUACGAUCUAGGAUCUGCCAAUGGUGAAAGUGAAGUGAUCAACAGUUUUAUCAGCGAUAGACAAGGCGGAAAGGGUUAUUUGCAAGCUUAUCAAUCUCUUACCGACUGGGUUUUUUCAUCACUUGAAAUUUAUAAGAAUGAACUUGUUCAAGUAUUAUAUCCUGUGUUUGUUCACUGCUAUUUGGAGCUUGUAAACAAGGGACAUAUUGAGGAAGCAAGAAAAUUUUUAAACAAGUACAAGAAUCAACAUUCACAUUUCCACUAUGAUGAAAUUUUGACUCUUCAAAGUCUUCAAUCUCCAGAAAUAAUGGCACAAAAUGAGUUUUCUAAAAGAUUAUUGUCUCAUAAGUUUAUCAUCAGACUUAGUGAAGCCAGUUUCCAUUUAUUAAUGAAGUUCUUGCAGGAUUCAUCCGAGCUAAAAUUAUUAUCUAUUUUAAAUCAGUAUGUCAACUUUAAGACAUACAAAGGUCAACCAAGUUUACAGGCACCUGCCAUGAUAGACGGAAUUUUAUUAAUGGAUCACGAUAUCAAAGCUCAGCAGCAAAAGAAAAAACGAAAGGCCACUUCUGACGAGGUGGAGGGAUCUGAGGACGAGGAUCUGACUGAAGAUGACGAGGAUGAGUUAGAAGCAAUAUUUGGAAAAAACAAAAAAAUCAAUUGGGAGGUUGAAAAUAGAGAAAAAGAAGAAGCAUUAGCCUCUGUUGUCACCGUUCCUGAAACCCCAAUCGCUCCUCAACCAAGUAGAAGAGGAAGAAAGAAAAAAGGAUCAACAACAGCUGCACAAACAGAAAUUAAGAAACUAAUAGACAUUGCUAAGGAGCAAGUCCCUAUAUGUCCUUCAGUGUGUUUCUAUACAUUUUUCAAUUGUAGCUCCAAUUUGAAUACUGUUGAAAUUGGUACAAACUUUGAACACAAACCAUCGAAUUACUUUAUUGAGGAUGGAGAUUUUGCUCCCCAAUAUAACCUAAGGAAUGGACCAGUAAUUGCUGCUGGAUUUUCUGAUUCCACAAUUAGAUGUUGGAACUGGCGUAUUCUUAAUGGCACUAUUCCUAACACAAAGUCGUAUGCGAGAAGCUCUGAAAACAUCAAUUCAGAUGAAAACGAAAAUAGAGAAUGUCAAUAUGAAACUCUUGUUGGUCACUCCGGACCAGUGUACUCCUUAUCUUUCAAUUCAGACCAACAAUGGCUACUUUCAGGUAGUGAGGAUUGCACAGCUCGUUUAUGGAGUGUUAACAAUUCUGAAUGUGUGGUUGUUUACAAAGGCCAUCAAUAUGCAGUUUGGAAUGUCUCUUUCAGCCCAACAGAUUAUAUGUUUGCAACAGCAUCUCAUGAUAGAACUGCAAGACUAUGGGUUACAGACCGAGUUACCCCCGUAAGAGUUUUAGCAGGACAUUUGUCUGAUGUAGAAUGUGUAAAAUUCCAUCCAAAUUGUAAUUAUGUUGCUACCGGUUCAAGUGACAAAACUGUUCGUCUUUGGGAUGUUCAAAAUGGAGAAUGCAUGAGAAUGUUUAUUGGACAUCAUGGUUCUAUCAACACACUUGCUUUUUCUCAUGAUGGAAGGUAUUGUGCGUCUGCAGGAGAUGACCAACAGGUGAUUGUGUGGGAUAUCGGCUCUGGUAAAAUAGCCUACAAGUUUAUUGGACACACUGGUUCAAUUUGGUCUCUAGAUUUUAACAGAAACGAUACAUUCCUUGCAUCUGCCUCUUUAGAUUGCACUGUGCGAGUGUGGUCCAUGUUUGACACUAUUGACACUGGAUCUUCUGCAGAAUCGGCUGCGCAAAUCCUGAAAGAAAAGAAAUUAGAGCUGAACAAGCACAAAAUAAUUUCAAAAGAGCCUUACAAAACCUAUUAUACCAAACAAUCACCAGUGUAUUCCCUCAGGUUCACACAACAAGAUUUUGUUGUAGCGAGUGGUGUUUUCAACUUCUAG